UAGAGCAAUUCCAUCCCUCUGCCUUGUGCAAUAAACCAAGGAUUUCUUGUUCUGCAUCAUCUUCUCCUCUUCUUCUUAUUUACCUCAAGCUUAGAAGUUGCAAAAAUGGCUUCCAAGAGAAUAUUGAAGGAGCUUAAAGACUUGCAGAGAGACCCACCAACUUCUUGCAGUGCAGGUCCUGUGGCAGAGGAUAUGUUCCAUUGGCAAGCAACCAUUAUCGGUCCAAGUGAUAGCCCCUAUUCUGGUGGUGUUUUUCUUGCUACCAUUCAUUUUCCUCCUGAUUAUCCUUUCAAACCUCCUAAGGUUGCUUUUAGGACAAAGGUGUUUCAUCCUAACAUAAACAGUAAUGGCAACAUAUGCUUGGAUAUUCUCAAGGAACAUUGGAGUCCUGCCCUCACAAUUUCAAAGGUUUUGCUCUCAGUAUGCUCCUUAUUAACUGACCCAAACCCAGACGAUCCAUUGGUUCCUGAGAUUGCUCAUAUGUGCAAGACUGACAAAGUCAAAUAUGAAUCCACCGCUAGGAGCUGGACCCAGAAAUAUGCCAUGGGUUAAAAUUUUUUUACAAAAAAACCUCAAUCUUUAAAAAAUUAAAACACAACCAAAUCCAAUUUUUCUAUAACUUUGUAUUGAUCGACUCCUUUAUCCUUUUCUUCUUUCUUCAUUUAGAAAAUGUAUUGAAUGGCCUAAAACUUGGGCACUGUUGGCAUCAUAUUUAAAACAAUACAUUUGCUUGGAAUAAUAAUGAUAUUAAUUAUAUAACAA